CUCCGAGGAGCUUAAUGGGCAGCGAAUCGAGGCACAUCUACUUGCGCAAUCUCACACUCACAACAUACUGGAUCCAUUGGAUAAUUACUUCAGACCUGCCAGGAACGUCAUUUACGAGCAGUUUGAUUUUGGAAGCUGCAAACAGGAAGAGGUCUGCGGUCCAUGAGGACCUGCUGAUGUCCGGUGUUGCUGACGGAAGAGACUGGACCUCUGAAGCAGCUGGUCACAAACCCUGGCCCCAGAUCAGAACCCUGGAUCAGGAGCCGUUAUUCUUCUGUCCCGAGUCUAAACUAGGACUGAACCACGAGGGACAGAGAUUCCACCACCACCACACCGAACACAACCAGUGUACAGGUGGACUGAACAACCUCAGUCCUGGUGGUCAUCCGAGAGACCGAGGCUCCAGUCAGGGAUCCAGUCUGCAGGCCAGACCCUUCUCUUCACAGUCUCAGUGCAGGGAUGAAGCAGGGCCGAGCAUUAGGACUGACGCCGACAAGCCGUAUGCCUGCCCCACAUGUGGGAAGCGCUUCGCUGAGGCGAGCUAUGUGAAGAAGCAUCAGACCGUUCACACCAAGGAGAAGCCCUUCAAUGGAACCUCAACCCAGCACGUUAUCGUGAUAGAGUCUGCAGAGGCUGCAGGUCCUGGGGUCAAGCAGGAGAGGACUGAAGGAGAGAAGGACCCACGGCACAGCAGAGACAUCCAGACUGAAACAGCGGCUGUAGCCACGGAGGACCUCGCCACCGCCGCCAUGCCCCAGGCCAGGACCAGACACAGCAUCUUGGAGGUCAGUGGAACGCCGAACGCCGUCCUCAAGUCAGAGACAGAUACCGAGACUUUAACUGUAACACACAGGCUCUUAUACACAGGAUCUGACCACAGAUCAGAACUAGAGAGACUGGGCUGUCCUCCUGCUUCCGGCUCAGAGUACCUACCGGUAUUUCACCAGAGCCAGAGGAUGGGUCAUUCCCAUGGAGAUGGAGAUGGCGACGCGUUAGACACUGGCGUUGAUGAUCUGUCUUGUUCUUACGCUACAGAGAUGGACCCUGGCAACAUGCCCUUGGGUUUAGAAGCACAGACUGCUCUGUCUAGAGGGGAAUGGAACCGGUACAGUAGUAGUGAAUACUCUGAAGGGUGUCUAGAUAAGAAAGGUGAGGGUUUAGUCGUAGAUGAAGUGACUGUAAAAUUGGAGGGCAACGUACCUCCCACAUGGAAUGGUCACCUAGUAGACGGACACUCGCAGGGCAGAGAUUUCUUAGACUACAGGGAAAGCUUAGAGACAAAUCAAAAUGUCGCCACCCACUCCCUUUUACACGCGUUCAGGGAUCACGACCCAGUGUCCACGUCGAUGGCACCUUCCGAUUCACACAGCCACAUCCUUUUCGAUCAGGUAUUGAACUCAAACGACAGGGCCACAGCCCAGGCUCAGGGAGGGGGUGCCACAUCAGACAAUAGUAAAGAGAAACAGUUCCUCUGCAUGUUCUGUAACAAAGGCUUCAGCUGCCCCCAGAAGGUGGAGAUCCACAAGAGGGUCCACACUGGGGAGAAACCCUUCAGCUGUACCCAGUGUCACAUGCGCUUCGCACAGGCUGGUGACCUGAAGAGGCACCAGAGGGUCCACUCAGGGGAGAAACCCUACAGCUGCCCCCAGUGUGAGAAGCGGUUCUCCCGUCAGGACCAGCUGAAGAGGCACCAUAUGGUCCACACGCGAGAGAGGCCGUUUGCCUGUACGCACUGCGGGAAGAGGUUCUCAGAGAGGAGCUACCUCAGGAUACACCAGCAGAAAAACCAUUCCACUCAAUAGCUUCUGACGUUACAUCAAACACUGCAUUAAAGACAAAUUUAUUGUCAAUCAGUGUUGCUUCCUAAGUGGACAGUUUGAUUUCACAGAAGUGUGAUUGA